AUGGAAAAAAUUACUUCAAAUCAAGAAAUUCAUUACAUUCAGGAAAAAUGGGGAGACUGCUUAGAAUAUGUCGAUGAAAUAACAAUUUAUAAUAUUUCAUUCCCUGAUCCUACUGGGCAUCUAUUUGGAUUUACUGAAAAUUUAGAAUUUUCUGAAUACAGAUUAUAUGAAAAUACGUUUUUAAUUCCGAAAUAUCCUAAACCAGAAUAUAUGCAAUACAUGACUCAGUUCAAGAGUAAAUUUGCUUAUUAUAGAAACGCCUACGCUUCGCAUAAUGGUGAAUUUGUUGUUAAUAACUAUAGAAUUAGACCAUUAUGGGAUACAGCUCCACCUUUUGCACGAUCUGGUGCUGGUGGACGUGUAGUUUUAGAGUGCGAUAAAGCCUGCGUGUUUGGUCACGGGAACACCAAAAAUUUCGGUCAUUUUGUAAUAGAUUAUUUAUCACCUUUGAUGCUUGUACCAGAAGAAUUUUUUAAUGAUUGCGUAGUUGUUGUAAGCAAAGAUACAAAUAGAUUUGCCGAAGACUUCUUACGUGCUAUUGGCGUUCAAAAAUACAUUUCAUUAGAAUACGACGAAUGUGUAUUUGCAAAAAGACUAUGUGUUUCAAUAGAACCACGACCUCAUUACGGCCACUUUGGACCUCCAAUUCAAAUGCUACAUCAAAGACUCAGUAAGUUUUACAAUCUAUAUGCUGUUAAACCAAGUAAAUUUGUUCUUCUAAAUAGACAAGGAGUAAGAAGAAUCUCAAAUAUUGCUGAUAUUCAUAGCGCUCUUAAAGAGAAAUAUCCAGAAUACAAUUGGGAAAUUAUCAAAGACAAUAUUUCUCCAAUUGAAUUUUACGCGAAAAUUUUUUCAUCUUUGAGAUUUUGUUUGACAGCACAAGGUAGUAAUAUGAUAAAAUCUAUAUUUAUGAGACCAGAAACAACAAUGGUUAUUCUAGGAGAUUCAUAUGUUGAACUUUCAUGGAUGACUUUCUUAUCAAUUCCUAUUUAUGCUGUGAUUUAUCUUCAUAAAGCUCCACAUUUCUCAGGAGAAAUACACACUGAAAUUCCAAGAUGUGUCAAAGCAGUCGAUGCUGCAGUAGCAAUGAUCAAAAAUGGUAAAUGGCCAGCUGUAGAACCAAAUGUUACUUUCAUUGAUUACUUAGAUAACUUCACUGUUCCAAAGAAUUAA